GGAGCCACAGCUUUCCCAGAAGUCUGUGCGAGGGGGCCGGCGCGGUCCGAGAGAUGGCGGCGCCGGAUCCCAGUCGGUGGGGCGAGUGUGGACCGCGACCGCCCGGCCGACUGAGCGCUCGGGGUGGACAGGAGCCAGGGACCGUGCUGGGUGCGGUGGGCAUGAUGGACCUGGCCUACGUGUGUGAGUGGGAGAAGUGGGCCAAGAGCACUUACUGCCCAUCGCUGCCCCUGGCCUGUGCCUGGUCCUGUAGGAACCUCAUCGCCUUCACCACGGACCUCCGAAAUGACGACCAGGACCUGACACAUAUGAUCCAUAUCCUAGACACGGAACAUCCCUGGGAAGUGCACUCCGUCAACUCUGGCCACAGUGAGGCCAUCACCUGCCUGGAAUGGGACCAGUCAGGCUCUCGGCUCCUGUCGGCCGAUGCUGAUGGGAGGAUCAAAUGUUGGAGCAUGGCUGACCACUUGGCCAACAGCUGGGAGAGCUCCGUGGGCAGCCAGGUGGAGGGGGACCCCAUCGUGGCUCUGUCGUGGCUGCACAACGGCGUGAAGCUGGCACUGCACGUGGAGAAGUCAGGUGCCUCCAGCUUCGGGGAGAAGUUCUCACGUGUAAAGUUCUCCCCGUCGCUCACGCUGUUUGGCGGUAAGCCCAUGGAGGGCUGGAUUGCAGUGACGGUCAGUGGCCUGGUGACCGUGUCCCUGCUGAAGCCAAGUGGGCAAGUGCUGACAUCCACGGAGAGCCUGUGCCGGCUGCGUGGCCGGGUGGCCCUGGCCGACAUCGCCUUCACGGGUGGCGGGAACAUCGUGGUGGCUGCUGCAGAUGGCAGCAGCGCGUCACCCGUGAAGUUCUACAAGGUGUGCGUGAGCGUGGUGAGCGAGAAGUGCCGCAUCGACACGGAGAUCCUGCCCUCCUUGUUCAUGCGCUGCACCACCGACCCCAAUCGCAAGGACAGGUUCCCCGCCAUCACACACCUCAAGUUCCUGGCUCGAGAUAUGUCUGAGCAGGUGCUCCUGUGUGCAUCCAGCCAGACCAGCAGCCUGGUGGAGUGCUGGUCGCUGCGGAAGGAAGGCCUGCCUGUGAACAACAUCUUCCAGCAGAUCUCGCCUGUGGUUGGUGACAAACAGCCCAUGAUCCUCAAGUGGCGGAUCCUGUCAGCCACCAACGACCUGGACCGCGUAUCAGCAGUGGCACUGCCCAAAUUGCCCAUCUCACUCACCAACACGGACCUCAAGGUGGCCAGCGACACCCAGUUCUAUCCCGGCCUCGGCCUGGCGCUGGCCUUCCAGGACGGCAGUGUGCACGUGGUUCAUCGGCUGUCGCUGCAGACCAUGGCUGUGCUCUAUAGCUCGGCCCCACGCUCGCUGGAUGAGCCCGCCCUGAAGCGCCCCCGCACCACAGGCCCGGCCAUACACUUCAAAGCCAUGCAGCUGUCCUGGACAUCGCUAGCCCUGGUGGGCAUCGACAACCACGGGAAGCUCAGCAUGCUGCGCAUCUCUCCGUCGCUGGGCCACCCGCUGGAGCCCAAGCUGGCCCUGCAGCACCUGCUGUUCCUGCUGGAGUACUGCAUGGUGACCGGCUACGACUGGUGGGACAUCCUGCUGCACGUGCAGCCCGGCAUGGUGCAGAGCCUGGUGGAGCGGCUGCAUGAGGAGUACACGCGCCAGAAGCCCGCCCUGCAGCAGGUCCUCUCCACCCGGAUCCUGGCCAUGAAGGCCUCGCUGUGCAAGCUGUCGCCCUGCACGGUGGCGCGCGUGUGUGACUACCACACCAAACUGUUCCUCAUGGCUAUCACGUCCACCCUCAAGUCACUGCUGCGCCCCCACUUCCUCAACACCCCUGACAAGAGCCCUGGGGACCGCCUGGCCGAGAUCUGUGCCAAGAUCACCGACGUCGACAUCGACAAGGUCAUGAUCAACCUGAAGACAGAGGAGUUUGUCCUGGACAUGAACACUCUGCAGGCAUUGCAACAGCUGCUGCAGUGGGUGGGGGACUUCGUGCUCUACCUCCUGGUCAGCCUGCCCAGCCAGGGCUCCCCGCUGAGGCCUGGGCACAGCUUCCUGCGGGAUGGCGCCUCGCUGGGCAUGCUGCGAGAGCUGAUGGUUGUCAUCCGCAUCUGGGGCCUGCUGAAGCCCAGCUGCCUGCCCGUCUACACGGCCACCUCGGACACUCAGGACAGCAUGUCCCUGCUCUUCCGGCUGCUCACCAAGCUGUGGAUUUGCUGCCGAGACGAGGGCCCAGCCAGUGACCCUGACGAGGGCUUGGUGGAUGAGUGCUGUCUGCUGCCCAGCCAGCUGCUGGGCCCCAGCCUGGACUGGCUUCCUGCCAGCGACGGCCUGGUCAGCCGCCUGCAGCCCAAACAACCCCUGCGUCUGCGCUUUGGCAGGGCGCCCGCUCUGCCGAGCAGCUCCUCCACUCUGCAGUUAGACGGCCUUGCCAGGGCCCCUGGCCAGCCCAAGAUCGACCACCUCCGGAGGCUGCACCUGGGCGCUUACCCAACCGAGGAGUGUAAGGCCUGCACCAGGUGUGGCUGUGUCACCAUGCUGAGGUCACCCAACAAGACCACGGCCGUGAAACAGUGGGAGCAGCGCUGGAUCAAGAACUGCCUGUGUGGGGGGCUGUGGCGGAGAGUGCCCCUCAGCUGUCCCUAAGCAGACUCGGGGCCUCGAGUCCCAUGGUCACACCCAGGCCACACACAGAGCUCGAAGGAGUUGGUCUGUGUGUUCACCCUUCGAAAGGUCACAGUCCGUAUGCCCCUGUCCAGGUUGGGGAUGUCGUCCUCAGUUUCCCCUUUAGGCCUAUGGGAGCGGAAGGUGGGCCCAAUAAAGUUCUCUUGUCCUCCA